UAUCAUGAUUAAUUAUUAAAUUUAAUUCUUAAACGUCGAAGUAUUUUUCAGCCUAGGUGUAAUUAGUUACCUACAGCCCAAGACCUUGGAAGAGAAUACUAGGUGAAGGCAGAACAAGAAGCCGAAACAAGGUAAGAUUCCUUGUUCAUAUAUAUUGAAUCAAUAGACGUCUUUGUUUAGUAUUCGUUAUAUGGCAUCCCUGCUGGGACGUAGUUAACUUUUUUAAUUUGAACACUUAUUCAAUUGAACUGAAAAAUAUAAAUUAGCAUUAAAUUGAAAAAAUAAACAAUGGAGGAACGGGUAACAAUUUUAAAGAAAAAAAGAGGUUUGCUUAGAUCGUCUGUUACUAAAGCACUGAAUGUAUUAGAAAAUGAACUUAAAACAGAACUGUCAGACAUCAGUGUUUUAGAAGAGUGUUUGCAUUUUUUUCUAAACAAAAAUAAAUCACUUGAAUUGAUUAACAAAGAAUUGGAAGUUUUGUUUAGAACAGAAGAGUUUGAAGACGAAUUUUCGAAAUCAGAAGAGUACAGUGAAAAAGUUGUUCGUUGUAAAUUCCGCGCCACCAAGAAAAUUCAGGAAUUAAACGAAAACAUGUCGAAUGAAAAAUCUAAAAAUAAGAAAUCCUUAGGACUUGAUGAGUCUGCAAAUUAUAAAAGUGAACAAAAAGAAAGUAUUCGAAUUAAACUCCCCAAAUUAAGCAUUCCCAAAUAUUACGGCGAGUUAAAACAAUGGCUGACAUUUUGGAACAGUUUUGAGUCGGCCAUUCAUAACAAUGACAGUCUCGAUAAAAUUGAUAAGUUUAAUUACUUAAAAGCUCAUUUGGGUGGAACUGCCCUGAAUACAAUAGAAGGUUUUUCUAUUUCUGAAGAAACAUAUGACACGGCAGUAAAAUUAUUAAAAGAAAGAUUUGCUCGAACAGAUAUUCUUAUUAACGCCCACAUGAAUAAUAUCAUAAAUAUGCAACCAUUAAAGAACUCACGUGAUGUGAUUGCUUUCCGAAAAUUUUAUGAUAACAUAAAUACCCAAAUAAGAAGUUUAGAAUCCUUAGGAUUAGUCUGUAAAAAUUACGGAAAUGUUUUAUGCCCCAUUCUCAUUAAAAUUUUACCGCCUGAUUUAGUCUUAGAAUAUAACAGACGUGAAAGUGAAACUGAAUCAGAUAUAAAAGAACUUUUGAGCUUUCUCUCCAAAGAGUUAAAUUCUAGAGAACGAUCUGCAAUAAUGAAUCGUGCGGAUGACCUUCGACCCCGCCGCUUCUCGGAAUCAUUUUCUACCAGCCGUAAGCAAAAUAUUUCCGAUACUCGAUUCAAAUAUAAUAAAUCAGAAAAUAAAAAUAAAUUCAUUUCCGCUUCAGAAUUGAUCUUUUCUGAAAUAAAUGAAAAUAUGAAUAAAAAAUUAUGCGGUUUUUGCGACUCCUCAAAACAUGAGAGUUCCGUAUGUGAAUAUGCUAAUGAUUUAUCCGUUGAAGAGAAAAAAGAUAUUUUGUUAAAGAAGGGGAUUUGUUUUAAAUGUUUAGAAAAUAAAGGCCAUAUUGCACGCUUUUGCCGUUUUAAGGUUGUGUGCAGUAGAUGCCAAGGUAAACAUCAAACUGUCUUGUGCUUUUCUAAGUUUGACCAUGAUAUUAAAGAUAAAAAUAGUCCUAAUUCUGAAGAUAACGUACUAACGAAUCAAACAUCAUCUGAAACUGUAUAUUUGCAAACAUUGAUUGUUCGUAUACACAAUAAAGGUAAAGAACACUUUAUCCGGGGAAUUUAUGAUUCAGGCAGUCAAAAGAGUUACAUUAGUAAAUUUGUAGCUGAAAGAAUGGGAUUAGAAAAAUUGGGUGAAAAAGAAAUUACUCAUGGACUUUUUGGACGAUCUCAAUCAGCAGAACUGCAUAAUCGAUUCGCUUUGCAGUUAAGUAGUAACGAUAGAAAAUAUAGUUGUGAGUUAGUUGCUAUGGAUCAAACGAAAAUCUGUACGAAUGUUCCCAGGGCUAACAAUUUUGAGUUGCAAAAAGAUCUAGAGUCAAAGGAUAUUAUUUUGACUGAUAUUUCCCCAAAAAGUAAGGAAUGUUUACAUGAAAGGAAUUUGAACGAGCACAUUUACUAUCGGGGGCCGACGUUGCAAGGAAGCUUAUAA